AUAAAUUUUAUGUAACUAAAAUGUCCUAAUGGGUUCAAUUAUAUAUUUUUCUUUGUUUUCUUUUUUUUUUGCAAGCGCUUCCGAGCGUAGCAAUAAAGCAUAACCCAAAAAAAAAAAAAAGCGAUUCGACAUCGAAACUAGCAAUAAUGUCAUUCGAACUUAAUAUUUCUUGUUUUAAACGAUUACCUAAGUUUAAAAAUUAAUUACUUAAUUAAUUAACUGAAUUAAUUACUUCAACAGAUGGUUAGUGUCUCCUUUGAGUGUCUUCUUUUUCAUACUGUUGUUUAAUUCCUUUCUUGUAGGAUAUAUCCUCAGUGUUCUGGGUCCAUUUUUAUCCGAUUCUAAAAAUAAUGAUGCUUCUAUCAUCACCCAUAGUUUACUGAACAAUUAUGAUGAUAUACUCAAACGGUUAGAAGCGAGAGAUGUGAUUGUCGUUGAUAGAGGUUUCGGGAUGCAGUGAGUGUUAUGGAAAAGUUGGGUUUCUUUGUUGCCAUGUCAAGUUUUUUGAAUGGAAAAAAACAACUUUCAACCCCAAAAGCAAAUAAAUCAAGUUGUAUGAUUAAACUAAGAUGGGUUGUGAAAUCAGUUAAUGGAAAAAUAAAACAGUGGAAGUUUUUGAGUCAGACAAUCCAAAAUAACACAAUACCAUUUCUGCAAGGUUACAUUUUAAUUAUUUGUUCAUUGAUCAAUCGGUUCAGGCCUCCUACUCUUUUAAACUUAACUAAAGAUACUACUAUGGCUGAUGAUAUGCUACAACGUUUACAUGAUCAAAAUCCACUUUAUGAACGUAUUCUAAAAGAUAGUCUUGCUAAAAAUUCAAAAUGGCAUAGUGUCUUUCAAAUAAAACAAGGUUAUGUAGCAGAACACAAGAAACUAUCAAGUUCUCCAAGAGAAAAACAAUUUGUUGUAGAGCUAUGUACAGAUGAACCGGAUCUUCUUAGAAUGGAAUAUCAGUCACGUUUUGUUAACAGCAAAACACGUAUCUCUUAUGUCCAGUUUGAUGGCAGAAAGGAAUUACCAAUAGUAUGUUGUUAUUGUACAUGCAGUUCUGAAAGUCGUACGAUAGGUUGGUGCUCACAGUCGGCAGCGACACUAUGGUAUCUUGGUUAUGAACGAUAUCUAACAUCCUAG